AUGGCUAGGUACACCCCUAGUCCAUGGAAGCUUGCUCAUGCCACCUUCUAUGGCGAUGAAUCAGCAUCUGACACCAUGGGGGGUGCUUGUGGAUAUGGCAACUUGUUUAACACUGGGUACGGAACCUCAACGGCCGCACUUAGCACCACACUAUUCAACAAUGGGUAUGGCUGCGGCACGUGUUUUCAAAUUCGGUGCGUGCAAUCAAAGUGGUGCUUCAAUGGAUCCCCCAUUACCACUGUCACUGCCACCAACCUUUGCCCGCCAAAUUGGUCCGAAGACUCGAACAAUGGUGGUUGGUGCAACCCCCCUGGAACACAUUUCGACAUGUCAAAGCCUGCAUUCAUGCAGAUAGCCCAGUGGAAGGCUGGCAUUGUCCCAGUCAUGUAUCGUAGGGUACCCUGCAUAAGGAAGGGAGGGCUAAAAUUCACUUUUCAAGGGAAUGGGUACUGGCUCUUGGUGUAUGUGAUGAAUGUAGGAGGGGCAGGAGACAUAGCAAGCAUGUCGGUGAAAGGUACCAAGACCGGGUGGAUCAGUAUGAGCCAUAAUUGGGGAGCCUCAUACCAAGCCUUCUCCAACCUUGCUGGCCAAGAAUUGUCCUUUAGGGUCACCUCUUACACGAACCAGCAGACUACCUAUGCUUGGAAUGUUGCUCCAUCUAACUGGCAAAUGGGGUUAACAUAUCAGAGCUCUGUGAACUUUCUCUAGCCUUCCAUGUUGGGCUGUUGCAUAUAUGGGUUCAUGUCAUUGCCUAUUUUGUUUUUCCUCUCUCUUUUCUCCUUCAUUUUGUAAAAGCCAUUCAGGUGAGACA